AUGACCACUGCUCACGAAGCUGUCCAUGCUUUAUGGACUGCAUUGAAUCUCCCGUCAGCCUCUCUCUCAAUGCUGACACUUUCGCCGAGUACUGCUGCCAACAAUGCCAUCCAGUCGUCAUUCAAGCUGGGUUCUGUGGCACAGACUGCAAUUGGCCUCGCCGGUCUGUCCGCCGCCCACCUACACUUUCUCCGCUCUGGUGUCCAGCAGAAUGUCAGAGUGGAUGUAAGACAUGCGCUGUUGGAAUUUCACAGUGAGGCAUUCUAUACUCUGAACCACCAACCGCCAAAAGAAGUCUGGGAUAAUGUUGCUGGGCUAUAUAAGACGAAAGACAACAGUUAUGUUCGCAUUCACACUAACUUUCCUCAUCAUCGGGCCGGCAUUCUCUCCCUACUAGGACUUCCUGACGAAUCGGACGUCUCUCGUGCCGAUGUCCAAGCCGCCCUUCUGACCCAGGAUUCAAUCUCUUUUGAGACAAUGGCCGCUGCUGCGGGAAUGUGUGCUACUGCUCUGCGCUCAUAUUCAACAUGGUCGACCCAUCCGCAUGCAAAAGAUCUAGAAGGUGUCUCACCCGUUCAAAUCGUCAAGACUGGGGACGCUCCGAAACGGCCGAUCACCCAAGGGUCUCGUCCACUCGAAGGAGUACGAGUUCUAGACUUAAGCAGAGUUUUAGCUGGCCCAAUAUGCGGAAGAACCCUGGCAGUCCACGGUGCCGACGUUCUUCUCGUGACUUCGCCUCAUCUACCUGCUCUGCCAGCAUUAGACGUGGAUACAUCGCGCGGGAAACGCACAACCCAACUCGACCUUACACAUUCAGCCGAUCGCAUUAAACUACACAAUCUUGCGUCAGAUGCAGAUGUGUUCCUCCAGGCAUACCGACCUGGUGGACUGGAAGAGAAAGGUCUUGGUCUGUCUGACCUUACUCGUCUUCGCCCGGGAAUCGUAUGUGCGAACUUGACGGCAUGGGGCUGGGAGGGUCCAUGGAAAGAUCGUCGCGGAUUCGACUCACUCGUUCAAACCGCUACAGGAUUCAACACCUCUGAAGCUGAAGCUUUUGCUCGAUUCUCCGGAGUAACAACAGAUGCCCAACAACCCAAACCCCUCCCGAUUCAAGCCCUCGACCACGCGGCGGGCUAUUUGCUCGCCUUCGGGAUCAACACUGCUCUCAGUCGAACAAUAACCGAAGGUGGCUCGUACGAAGUCAGGGUGUCUCUUGCUGCUGUAGGGCAAUGGAUUCGCUCCAUGGGUCAACUGCCUCCUUUCGAGGCAUUUGGGCCAGAUUCGCGAGCCUUACCUGACAUGGUCAUUCCUGUCGACGAGGAGAUAAGACGUUUGAGCACUACCUGGCGCACAAUCGACGGAAUGGAGAUGACUGCAUUGAGGCACGCUGCCGUGUUGGAGCGAACCCCGGUGAAGGAAGGCGAAGAUAGUAUUGCACCAGUGAGACUGGACGUAAAUGACGCGGUCUGGUUGCCUCGUUUAUGA